GUGCCGUGUUGUCUUCAAUUUCAAACUUGAAUGAUUUGCCAUUCGCAUGUUGAACUCGUCUCCAUUCCCGCCCCUUGUUCCUCAAAACGCAGUCGUUCCCCGCCAUACUAUGUCUUCUUACUCCACCGUUUCAAUUCCCUUCUCUCACCUCCAAGAUAAAAACCAUGACUUGUCAUUGAAGAUUGAAGAAGGUUUUGGACCUAAUGGUUUGGGGAUUCUAUUAGUCACGGAUGUCCCAGGAUACUCUACGCUGCGCAGAAAUCUUUUGCAUCUCGCACCAAGAUUGGCAAAUCUUCCUAAAGAAGUGAAAGAUGAUCUUGAAGAUCCUAACAGUAGAUAUAAUUUUGGUUGGAGUCAUGGGAAAGAGAAACUUGAAUCUGGCAAGCUUGAUUUAUUAAAAGGAUCUUUCUAUGCCAAUCCCAUACUUGAUACGCCUACAACAGAUAAAUCGUUAAUACAACGGUACCCAUCAUAUUGUGGAUCAAAUAUAUGGCCCAAAAACACAUUACCAGAACUUGAAUUUGCUUUCAAAGCACUUGGGAAGCUGAUAUUCGAUGUUGGAUUGUUGGUGGCAUAUCACUGUGAUCAAUAUGUAUCCAAAGGAAUGAAAAUUCGUAAGGAUGAAGGUCUGGAAUCAAUACUUAAUCGCUCCCGCAGUCACAAAGGACGUUUGCUAUAUUACUUUCCUGCACAACAGGGAAUCUCAGGUGGCAACUCUAUGUCUUCAUGGUGUGGAUGGCAUACCGACAAUGGUUCACUAACAGGUCUCACUUGUGGUAUAUUUACAAGAGAUGGUGUAGAAAUACCUUGCCCUGACAGUACUGCUGGUCUUUACAUCCGAACAAGAAAUGAUCAGAUUGUCAAGGUUGUUUAUGGAGCAGAUGAUAUAGCUUACCAAAUUGGUGAAACUGCCGAAAUACUUUCUGGAGGUAUUCUUCGUGCAACACCUCAUUGUGUUCAGGCUCCAAAAGGGGAGGAAUCUUCUGGUGUUGAACGCUCGACAUUUGCAUUAUUCAUGCAACCUGAUUGGGAUGAAAAACUCAGUUUUCCUGAGGAGGUUCACAUUCAUAAAGAGCUUAUUCCAUCAAAUGCUUCCCUUACUUAUGGAGAGUAUUCAGAGAUAGUGAUCGACAAAUACUACGACAAGAAACAGUAAUGGUCUCACCCUGGAAGUGAUUGGUUGGAGACUUAGCCAAUUUACUAACUGUUAAUUCAUGGGAGUUAAAUGAAGUUGUGCAGAAGUGUCAUGGCAAUAGGAUAAGAAAUAGAAAAUAAAAUUUCUUGUUACUUACGUCAAGUGGAAUAAAGAUAAAUCUCGAAGGCCAAGAUAAAAAAAAUUAAUUGUUACAUCUAUUUAUACCUCUAUAUAUAAUGGGGAUACAAAAUUUUGGAGUGGUUUUUUCCAUUUCAAUUUUACCCUUUUAUUUAUAAUUUAACCCUUCUUUAAUUAAUUAAAUUUAUACUUCAAUAUAA